AUAUGGAACAUAUUUUAUAAUCAACAGAGUGUAACAGAAGAGGACAGGUUUUGGAAAGAUUAUACACAAGCAGGUUGUUAUGUCAGUCACAUAUUAAAUAAGUUAUUAACAAAAAAUGGAUGGGCCCCUGUAGACAGCAUUUAAAGAUAUAACAUGUUUGUAAUUUUGUUGUUUAAAUGAUAGAGAAAUUGGUGUUUGGAGGGAAAUUGUUGACUAAUAGCGUUUAGCCAGGUCCUUGUUUAUACAACACAAUUUUCAUUUUUGUCAUGGUUGACGUUAGCGUUUAGUUGGAAUUAUAACUAACUAGCUAGCUAACAUUUAGCCUUAACUGACAAUUAAGUGGCAUCUAAUAAGCUAGCAACACUUCAGAGCAUAACAAGAGACAGUUAAAGAAAUAUUUAUUUUUUUGGGAAACUGCAACACAUAUGAAACACAUAUAUUCUUUCAUCUCAUGUUGAGAAAGAGAAUAAGAGUAUUACCUAAGUUGUUAAACUCUAAAUUAAUGUAAGAGGUUUAACUAAUUGGCUAGCUAAGAGUUAGCCUUAACUGAUACCUUAAAUAUACAUAAAAUGUUCUGUUUUGUUUGAAAAGGUUUUAUGAUUUCCUUACUGAAGCCUGUCACAUUAAGAGCAGCUGAGGAAAUUGUGCUACAUAGCAAUCAGUCAGUCACACAAUCAAUCUGUCAAUCACUUGUUUACAGUGUUAAUUUUUUCCUGCCUGUUGCAACAUUAUAAUUACCACACUAAACCUAAACUCUGUGCAGUGAGUCAGUGUCUGAAAAUCUGAUAGUUAAGGGGAAGUUGAGGUGGAAAGAACCUUUUAAGAAGAAAACUGUCACUGUGACGUGUCAGGUCACUUCCACUCAGUUCUCCUGAUGAAAGGGGACAGGUAUUCAGGUAUUCCCCUGGACUGACAACACGUCAUUUGAUCCCCUGAGGAUUCAACAGGCGGACAGAGGCAGUUAGUACUGUUAGUGGACAGAUGAAGUCCACAGAGACAAGAGGUUGAGGGGGUGGCUUUCCCCACGGGUGAGAUCUUCAGUUGUGAGUUUCUCAAAGCCCCAACCAGUCAAUAAACAGCACUCAACAAUACUGGUAGUGUGAUUUGUGUAAAUAUGAAUGUGUUGGUAUGCAUGGAUUAAAAGCAGAAGGGCAGGAUUACUUAAAAAAGAUGUUCUUGAACACAAAGAGUUCAGCAUAUCCCACAUAUCCAGUCAGCAUGAAACAAUGCACCUGUACAAUAUUUCCUUCCCUGAAUAGGACACACCUCUUAUAUCCAAACUACUGCUUGAAUGAUCUCAGGUCCUGGUCACUUUGUGUCUCAUUUCCACGCAAAGCAGAUCAUGUCCAGAGUGGAGGCUCUUAGGGACACAAACCUUCGCUCCUUACUAAAGGAGCUGCGUACAGACAUAGCUAUGGCUGUAGAUGACCCUUUCCCUCUUGUUUAUGGUUUGGCGGACAAAAACAUCAUCACUGACCAACUGCUGAAGGACACUCUAGAGAAGGAGAGUAGAGAAGGGAUCCACAAGGCCAUGUACUCGCUUCUGUCCUGGGUCCUGGAGCAGAGAAGAUCCACCAUCCAGGCCUUCUGGAGCAACAUGAGCAAAGACUACAACCUGGACAGCUACCCCAAGCUGCAGACACUGCUCACUAACCUGCACUCGAGACAAGAUGCUGCAAGGUCCAGAGGUGAGAAGAAAUCGUCUGGAGGUGACAAAACUCACAUGAAGAAGAGGAGCCAUGAGGACAGAGACUCCCACAAUCAGCAUUCACAGUAUCAUGCCAAGACAAGCGAUGGACCAGGGGGUAAGGUGAAGUUAUACAGAGUGAAGAGUGAAGAUCCAACCCCGCAGCUACUGUCUGGAAAUGGCGUGCAAGCAGUGUCCUCUUCUGUCCAGAAAGGAGUCACCCUGUCCUCCACCUCCACUGAGCCGUCAGUCAGCCACGAAGCCAGAGAAAAGACCCAUAUCAAGCAGGUGUUUGGCUCAGAUGGGACUGCCAGAAAGUGCAUUAAAGUUAGUGGGGAGUUCUACUCUUGUGGUUCAUCAGAGGAGACAAGUGCAGCAUCUAAGUCCAAGGCUGCUAAGACCAUGUUUCACCACAGGGGGGAGACAUCUACAAGUAUGGUUCACUACAAUGAUGAUGAGUGUGCAGUAUGUAAGGAUGGAGGAGAGCUGAUUUGUUGUGAUGGUUGUCCUCGAGCUUUUCAUCUGACUUGUCUCGACCCUCCGCUCAUAUCCAUACCAAGUGGCACUUGGCAAUGUGAUUGGUGCUGUGGCAACAGAGUGAAAAGAGAGGAAGCUCAACUUCCUUUACAGGCACUCGUGGCCCAGCCUCAGCAAACAAACACCAACUCCAGUAACUCCAUCAUAGAUGUCUCUUUCUACUCCUCACUGUCGUCCUCCUCCCUCACAAGUGUCACAGCUCCUAUUAAUGGGCCCAGUGUCAGAAACCAGUGCUCAGGUGGAGAUCUGGUCAGUGUGAGGGAGGUGUGUGGUGUUUGUCAUCUCGCAGGAGGAGACCUGACUCAGUGCCUCCAGUGUUUGGAGCGUUUCCACGUACACUGCCUCUUCUCAAAAGGGAGAUCCAUCUGCUCGGCCUGCUCCAGGCCCUGGUGUAGCUCUGCAGAGAAAGAGGCUGAAUCCAGAGGCUUACAGCUCACCCCAGUGGUUCAAAACACACUCAGUCAUGAUCAGAGCUCCUCGGUUCCAGAACCCGUCCUCCAUAAAGAUGAACUGGACUCCAUCCUGGGAGAUCAGGGCUCCAUUGAUGGCAUCUUGCAAUGGGCUUUCCACAACAUCUCUAGGCCUCUUUCAGACUCUCAAGGGUUUUAUCAGUGAUGGACAGACGAUCAGGCCUGCACUCAUGCACGAUGCUCUCACAGUCUUAAAUAAUAUUGUAUUGAUGAAAUGAGCAUAUCUGAUUUAAAAUGAGCUUAUGCAAUGUGAAAAUGAUUUGUUUCUUUCUUACUGCAAGUGAAAUAAAUGUAUGAUGGAAA